UAUCACUUUACUAGAAACAACUUUGGCAGUAGCUUGCACUACACAAUAAAUAAAUAUCAAUAUGAGCAAAAUUUUUUUGGUUAUAAUUUUGUCCAUACAACUACUUACAGUUACAGCAUUGUACCAGGAAAGUUAUGAUGCUAACAUCUACACUGCGAUGCAAAGAAGGUUGUAUUCACGAUACUUACUGGAAGAUAAUUAUUUAAAAUUCUGUCGCCAAGAUUUGUGGUGCGUAGAGAAAGAAGAACCAAUUAAACAAAAUAAAAAGCUGAUUAUGUCAAACGACAACGAGAUGAAAGUGACCUGUAUAUAUUGCUUCAAUCCAAGAGAGACGCUUAAACCCAAAUCCGGGGUAACUCAGUUGAAAUCUGUGACACGUUUCGAACAAGUUGGUGACAAUUGCUAUCAACGUAGACAUCCGCUUAAAGUUUCAAACGGAUGCAAUUGCAGACGAAAUUGAACCAAUAACAACUUUAAAACUAUAAAAACAUGCAUAACAAAUAAAGUAAAAUUAAAAAA